CAACAAGCAAUCCAAUAACCUGAAUCUUUUCAUCCACCUCUUCAAACUUUCUGUCAAAAUCAUAGAAAUGGCUUUCGUGAGAAGUCUAUUGGGUGCAAAGAAGAUUCUUGGCCGCUCCACAACAGCAGCAGCCGCAACAAGCAAAAGAGGAACCUCAGCGGCACCAAAAGGGUUUCUUGCGGUGUACGUAGGAGAAAGUCAGAAGAAGAGAUAUGUGGUGCCAAUCUCAUACUUGAGCCAACCUUCGUUUCAAGCUCUUCUCAGUAAAUCAGAAGAAGAGUUUGGAUAUGAUCAUCCAAUGGGUGGCUUAACGAUCCCUUGUCCUGAAGAUACUUUCAUUGCUGUGACAUCUCGGAUCCAAUGAUUUUUUUUUUCAAGUUAGAGAUAGACUUGUUCCUUGUAAAUACAGGAUAUAUUUCUCCUCAUUCUUCUUGAAAGAGUUGUUCAAGAAGUUUUGAAAAGUAAAUACAAUUUCUCUGUUAUAAACAUAAUCAUGAUUCAUGUUACAUUAUUACAUUUUUGGAUCGAUCAUUGGAAUAGAAAUG